AUGACUUCAUGGUUACAAACGUAGAAGACACGCUUCGCGUCUCCGCUGAUGGGUCGUUGCAAAAUUAUUUAACGACGACUUUGUCGACUUGCAUGGUGAAUCAUGGUGAAGUGGUUGUAAGGCCUUUGUCAAGAAGACUGUCUAGAAACAUUGAAAAAAUACUAAUACUAGUUACAGAUUGA